GGGCAGAACCGGCCGAGGUGGCUGGGUCAUGGGGAAGAGUCCAUAAGGCCUUACCCCGCCAGCGUCCUAGCUUUUUUGGCUCUUAAAGUCAGCAGGGUCGUUUGUCAUCGCCGAGGCCGCGUCUGCGAAAGGAGGGACUCGCUCCGCGCCUGCUGGUUCCUCUACGUUAUCCGUUGGUGUGGCCCUGAUGCUGCGGCAGGCUCCGGAUUCCUAGAACGCUGGAGCGAAUUUAAGAAGAUUUUGUUCAUGUGUAUGGCAUAGAAGAUGAAUUCGUCCUCCUCCACCAUGAAUGAAGAACCUGAUGCUCUCUCGGUAGUUAACCAGCUCCGGGAUCUAGCAGCAGAUCCAUUAAACCGUAGAGCCAUUGUCCAGGAUCAGGGAUGUCUGCCCGGCCUUAUUUUAUUUAUGGACCAUCCCAACCCCCCUGUCGUCCACUCGGCUUUGCUCGCUCUUCGAUACUUGGCAGAGUGCCGUGCUAACAGAGAAAAGAUGAAAGGAGAGCUGGGUAUGAUGCUAAGCUUGCAAAGUGUUAUACAGAAGACUACAACUCCAGGAGAAACAAAACUGCUGGCCUCUGAAAUCUAUGAAAUUCUUCAGUCUUCCAACAUGGCAGAUGGUGAUAGUUUCAAUGAAAUGAAUUCACGUCGAAGGAAAGCUCAGUUUUUUCUGGGAACCACAAACAAACGUGCCAAAACAGUGGUUUUGCAUAUAGAUGGUCUUGAUGAUACGUCUCGGAGAAACCUGUGUGAAGAGGCUUUGUUAAAAAUUAAAGGCGUUAUUAGCUUUACUUUUCAAAUGGCUGUUCAAAGAUGUGUGGUGCGAAUCCGUUCAGAUCUGAAAGCAGAGGCUUUGGCAUCAGCAAUAGCAUCAACCAAGGUUAUGAAGGCUCAGCAAGUUGUGAAAAGCGAAAGUGGAGAAGAGAUGCUGGUCCCGUUCCAAGACACGCCUGUGGAAGUAGAACAGAACACAGAGCUGCCCGACUACCUGCCUGAGGACGAGAGUCCCACAAAGGAGCAGGACAAAGCGGUGUCCCGGGUGGGCUCACACCCAGAGGGUGGAGCUAGCUGGCUGAGCACAGCUGCAAACUUUUUAUCCAGAUCGUUUUACUGGUGACUUCAGUUUGGGGCUCAAGGACUGUGUGAAUGAACAAGGGGCCAGUUUUCCAUUGUUGUGGUGAACUGUCAAGUGCAAUUUGCAAUAAGUUAUCAUGAAAAGUUUCUAGAUUACAUGAUUAAGAAUGCUGCAUUUUACAUUUUACUGGACAUUUUACCCCACUAAGUGGUAAAAAGGACAGAGGCUACAGGUGGAAUUGCUUUGUUUAUGAAGGUGUUUUGGUUUUGUUUUCCUUUGUUUAAAUUGCCUCACUU